AUGAUUAUGUAUUACAUAUCAGUAUUACUUAUUUUUACAGUCUUAUUCCACACAGAAUAUUUAUGCGAUUACUCUGUGUAUUACAAACAUCCAUAUUUAACAUCCAUGCUUAUUUUACCGAUUAUUCCAUGGAAUUAUAUUUUAGCGUACAGCUCAAAAUUAUAUUUAAAAAAUAUGGUUUUACAAAUGAGGACGUAUUUUGUAAACAAGAUUAUGCUGGUUUUCACGCUUUUUAUGUUGACUUUAUUAAUAUUAGAUAAGCCAAUUGUUAGUAGAUAUAUUUGGAAUGAGAAUUUAGAGAUUAUUAUUCCUAAAGGGAAUAAUAUUUCUGUUUAUUAUAUUUUUAAUACAGAUACAAUGAAUGAUGGAUCUGUUGAAAAUUUUCUAGAGAAAGCAAAGAUGUUUAAAGGAGAUGUUUUUAGGUACAGCUUUGGAGCUGGUAAUUAUGAAAAUUUUGAAAAUUUUAAUAAGGAAUUUAAAUCUAUUAAAUUUUCAAAACUCAAUCAUAUUAAGUGUUUUGUACUUUUUAUUCCAUUUUUAAAGAUUCAAUAUUUUGAUGAUUUAAUUUAUGCUGAUUACACAACUACUAAAAAUAAAAAAGAUAAGAUUACUGUUGCAGACACGGGGGAAGUUGCAGAAAAAAUUACAGAUAAAGGAGAUAAGGUUAUUUAUGCAGACACGGCGGAAGUUAAAGGGGAAAUAUAUAUACCAGUGCCACCACCCUUUAAAUCUGAAUCUUUAGGGUUUUUCUUGCCAACAUAUGGUACGGAAAGAGAUAAGAAAGAAGAAGUCGGGAAGGGUUUACAACAAAAAAAUAAAAAAAGUGAAUUUACAAAAAACGGACAAAAUUUGAGUUUUGCGGAAGAUUUGAAAAAAUCUCUUGAAAACAUGCCAAAAAAAAACUGUAUCGAGGAUCGUACAAAAAAUCUUAAUUUACAAAAAAAAGAACAAUCUUCUAAUGAUUUUCAAAAUGAGUUAUCAAAAUUUGUAUUGAAACGAAGAAUUUUACUUGGAUAUAAUGAUUCGAGUUCUUCAAAAGAGAAUAAUGAGGAAGUAGAAGAGAGCGAAAGUGAUUCUUUUUUUAUUUUUCAACCAUCGAAAUUGUCUGCAAACGUAAAAAUUAUUUGCGAUGAAAAGGAUAAAAUUUGUGAAAAUAACCCGGUAAGUAACUUACAACUAGGUUGUAGUAAAAAUAAUGACAUUAAAUCUUUGAUAAAUCAUAAAAACGAUACUACUAUUCAUUCAAGUUCUGAUUCUAGCGAUAAGUUAGAUACAGUUACUAGAACUAAAAAAAAAUGGAAUGUAAAGUUAAAAAAAGUUGAUAAUAAAUAUUUAUUAAAUAAUACUAAAGAAAAUAAUGUUCAAGACACAAAUGAAAAUAUCAAUCAUUUGCAAGUAACACAGGUUAAAAGUACAUCAACCUCGGAUUUAAAUAAUAACUUACCACAAAAGGUAGAGUCAAAUUUAGAUUUAAACUUUUCAUCAAUUGGAGUAAAAAGUGGUAGUUCUGAUUCGACAGAAUUCUUAUCUGCUGAAUCCUCUGAUACCUUUUACUCCGCGACUUGCUAUAAAGAUGAUGAAGAACGGGCAGAAACUAUAAUUAAUAACACUUUAGAUGAUCUUAAUAGUACACUAAUUACUACGUUUGAAUCCAAUAUUAAUGAGGAAAGUGGGCUAUUAGCUAUGUCUGAAUCUAAUGCUUAUACUGUUGAUGAAGUCGACAAUGAACUUUUAUAUUUGCCCAAAUCUAGUAUUAAUGAGGACAAUGGAUCAUUACACGAAACAGAAUCUAAUAUUCAUGAGAAUAGUGAACUAGUUUAUACAUUAGAAUCUGAUAUUAAUGAAAAUGAUAGUGGGUUGUUAUCUACAUCUAAAGAUACGGCAAAUACAACUUUAAAUAAGAAUAAGGAAAUGGACGAUAAUUUAUCAUCUACAUCAGGAUCUAAUAAAAAUACGCCAAAUGAAAUGUUACCAAACAUGAAUACGACAGACGAAAUGUCAUUAAAUAAAGUUGAAAAAAAUAAGCCUGCUUAUACUUUUCAAGACAUGAUAAAAAAGGGUUCUGAAAAGCUUACUAAUAGUUUUGCUACAAGUAUAGAUCCUAGGGACAAAUUUUUACAAAAAAAAUGUACCAAUGAUUCAAACAUUUUCACUAGAUCAGCAAUGGUUGAUGAUUUUGUUCAUCAAAGAGAUGUAGAAAUUAAUACUGAAAGUGAUAAUGAUGGCUGGGAUGAUUAA